AUGUAUUCCAUCUUAGACACCCAUGUCCAUUUGAUGGCAGAUGUCCACGACUACUGGAAUUGGAAUUGCCCACAUCCAUUGGCAGGAAACCACCGUCUUGACGAAUAUGCUGCCGAAUCCCAUGAUCUUUCAAUCAAGUCAAGAUUCACUGUUGAUGGCUUGAUCUGGAUCGAGGCAGACGCCAAAUAUGAACUUGAUAAAGGUUUGGAAGGCGUUAGAAACCCUAUAGAAGAAUGCCAGUUUGUACUGAGAUAUAUUAGUGGAACCAGAUCGGGAGAAGGAACUACCAAUGCAGAAUUCAUCAAAGCAUUGGUUCCGUGGGCACCGAUUCCAUGGGGUUAUAAGGUGCAAUUAUACGUUGACGAGUUGAAAAAGGAGCUUGGACAAGAAUUCAGUCAUGUGAAGGCAUUUCGUUUUCUCGUUCAGGACAAACCUUCUGGAACAAUUGUUGACUCUGCGUUUAUUGAUGGAUUGAGAUGGAUGGAUGCACACAAUUAUGCUUUUGAUUGGGGAAUCGAUGUACACAACAGCGGCUUGUGGCAAUUUCGAGAAUCGUUGGAAGUGUUCAAUCAGGUGCCCCAUUUGAGGUAUAUAAUUAACCAUUUGACAAAACCUAAUCUUGAGUUGGGUUUGGACGUCGAAAGCACUGAGCAGUUCAUACUUUGGAAGUCAUACAUGAAGAAAAUAUUCGAAGCGACUCCAAAUUCAUAUAUGAAGCUCUCUGGUGGAUUUUCUGAACUAGAAGAGAAACUCACUAGCGAAGAGAUCGUGGAUCGAGUUUACCCGUGGUUCAAGGUGACUUUUGACCUCUGGGGUGUUGACAGAACGAUAUGGGCCAGCAACUGGCCCGUAUGCGCCAUUAAUUCAGGACCAAAUUUGGUUGCCAAGUGGUUUACUAUAACUGAGAGACUAUUCGACAAAGUAGGGGUUGAAGAAGAUGAUAGGCAGAAGAUAUAUAACGGCAAUUGGCUCAAAGCAUAUAGGUGA